CUCGCCACAGCUCAUUGUUGGAAUGGAAUGCUGGUCACCGUGCAUCCCUUGCCAAGCCUUUGUAUGCGAGGUGCCGGUGGGGCGACGCUCCGCUAAUGUCAGGGGAAACUCGGGAAGCGACGAACGACCCCGGAGCCGGAGCCGGAGCCGGAUUAAUUGCGCAUCCACUUUUCGUACGUGUGCCUCCCGUCCCUGUGCCCGCGUGUGUGUGUUUCUCCUCACUCUCCAUUCCAUCUCCUCCACCGCCCUCUUCUCCUCUCCUCUUCUCCUCUUCCUCUUCCUCCUAGAGCUGUUGCAGACAUUCAACCAUUUGCCAUUCUUUCAUCCAAUCACCCUCUUUUAUUCGCACCACUGGAAGCUGCGCAUCCGCCAAGGCAGAACAUCACGAGGCUCAGGCUAUUUCCAGACGUUGAUUGAUCGUGAGGUUGCACAGCCCAGUCGCCUCCGUUUCAGCCCAGCCUGACGCCCAAAUCGAAUCCCUUCCAGCAUACUGAAAACCUUCGGGUCGCCCGCUGCCGGAUCAUCUCUUCUCCACUACACUUCCUGCAGACAGACACACGUUCAGACGACCCGUUUGGGUGUUAGGGUUAUAUUUGCUUCUUGUUAUUGCGACACAACACCUACGGCGACAACCGACGAGAACCUUUACGCGGGCAGGGAAGGGACAGGAACAUAGGACGAACAGAACUGGGAUUAUGGAGUAGCAAGAGGGGAUCUGCGAUUAUUUGAUUGGGUUCCCCUGGACACUCUGAAUCGAUCCGACUUUUUCUUCGAACCACGAAUUGAGUCUUGAAUAUCUGCGAAGUGGCGACUGGAACAAAGGAGGAGCUGCGUCGACUUUCUGUCCUCUCGCUGCGAUUUGGGACACUGCAACGCCAGCGUUAAUUGAGAAGCCGCCUCUUCACAAUGCCUCAUAUCACGACAUCGAUGCAGAGCAGUGUGCGGAGGGGAGUUGGAGAGAUAUUAUUUGACAGCCUGCUAGGAAGAAGAGGAAUCACCGACCAGGUAAAUAAUGUGAAGGAUUCGUUUUCCAGUUGGGAUAAAUGCAUGAAUGCUAAAUAUUGCAAAUGGCCUGUCAUAGCGGCUAUGAUCAUCGGCGGCCUCAUCCUCCUCUCGGUCAUAACGUGCAUAGGUCGGGUAUGCUGUUGCGGAGCUUCAUGCUGUUGUACUUGCUUCUCCUUCCUGAAGUGUUGCGACUGCUGUGGAGACAGCUGUGCUGGGAAGAAAGACAAACCGAUGAAGCAUAAAGACAGCCCAUUCCACCCAGCUCAAGGAUACCAAGCUUCUGCGCCGAUGAUGGGGGGAGCACUCCCUGCAGCUGGUGCACUAAUGAACGUGGCUGCGUCCCAACCAGUACCUCCACAAUACGCCCAGUUUGAAGUAGGAAAGAAUGGAUUAUACGUCGAGCCCAAAGUCGUUCCGCUGCACGAGGAUGCUCUGCCGCCAAUGCCUAGUUGGGACACUGCGUCAAAGAAACACGUUCCAGAUGAAGAGAAGAAUGCUGUGGAGCUGGGAGAGUUGGAUCCGGCCACGGGACAAAAGAUGCCUCUCAUCGCUCCAGGUGCCAUCGCUGGAACAAGCGUACCUCCAAGUCCGGAUAUUGGACAAGCACACAGUCCCUUUGGCGCAAGACCCGGCGGAGGAAAUAACGGAUAUAUGGGUGUUCCCGGCGACAAUCAGAGCCAAGCCGGAUUCAAUGGAAAUGACAGAUAUGGAUCUCCAGCUCCUGGACAAGGUCGCGGUGGUUAUGGAGGAAGGUCGCCUCUAGGCUAUGACGGACAAGGACGUGCUUAUGGUCAAGAUGUCUACGAUGCGCCUGAGGCUUACGACAGUCAAGGCCGAGGAUUUGGUUCACCUGCUCCUCAGGACCCGUACGCCCAAAAUAAUGGAUUCGAUAGUGCUGCACCUGGAGGAUAUGGUGGAAGGCAACAACAAGGGCAAUAUGCGAACGACCAGUAUUCAGAUAAUGGGCGACCAUUUCCUCCUUCUAAUCGCCAGUACUCUUCCGACUCGUCACGACCGCUAGGACCUGGACGACAAUAUACCGAUCGAUCGUACGGCUCAGACAUGCAAGGCGGUGGGCCCCCUCGCGGCCCCUCGAGAGGUCCUGGUCCCAAUGGGCCGCCUCGUGGACCUUCAAGAGGGCCAGGUCCAAAUGAUCAGUACGGACAAUCACGCGGGCCAUCAAGAGGACCAGGUGGACCAAUACGCACAGGAUCUCCAGCGCUGAACAACAACUCUGGCUUUGAUUUCGGUGUCGGAGCAGCACCUUCCUACCAAUCUCGACAAUCGCCACCUCCUCAGCAAGGAUACGGACGACCACCUCCACGAACUGAGAAUUCGGAUUAUUUCGGUAAUGUCGGAACUGCAGCACCCAGUUACGCGAGCAGAAGUCCUCCGCCACAGCAGCCAGCAUACCCAGGAUACAAGGCCUACCAGCCUGGGAACCAGGAUAGAGGCGUGCCGCAUGCUCUGUCACCUGGCGAUGGUCGAGGAAGGGAACCGCAGAGGUGGGAUCCGGUUCAGCAAUAGUAAUGUUUGAAUUUGUGGAGGCUACGAUAUGAUGUGAUGAUAUUGGUUCCGCCGACAAAAUGCGACGAGGUGCUCGUUCGCUUUACAAUAAGAGUCUAUCUAUUCCGAGUGGGGUCAAUAGUCGAAAGGGAGGAAAGGCUGGAUAUCCUGCUCAGUUGCUCUCCUCUGCUGAUGCACACCACCCGACGCUAGCUAAUGUUUCUGUAUAUGCAAGCAUUGCGUCCCUGGUGUAGUCGAUGUAUUUUUCAAUUGUGUUUUCUGGGUCCUGGUAUUGUUUGUAUAUGAUCUGUUUCCAAAACUACUGCGUAGUGGACAUUUUCCAAGGCGUUGGGCUAGGUAUCUCGGUCUCAGUGUUGUUGAUUUCUCUAUACCUUGGGGGGAGUUUUCUGUCAUUUUUCGUGCUUGUGUGGCUGCCAGUUUCGGUCUGGGUAGAGAUUGGGGGAUGAGAGAGGAGAGUGUUGAGUAGAUUCGAGG